UUUUGCUCCGCAAAUUGUUCAAUCAUGCAUUACUUCGGGAAUUUAAUAUGUUGGUUAGUAGUUUUGUGCACAUUUUUAGUUUCAGCUGAAGAAGUGCAACAAUUUGAUAAUGAGUCGUCAACCGUAUUGAUUGAUGCAAAAAAAUUGCUGAAAUUUUCCCAAAAAGCGAAUAAAAGCGAUUGUGGCGAGAAUGAAGAGUAUCAAGAAUGCGGCAAAAAGUGUGUGUUAAGCUGCCGAUAUCUUAGAUCAACGCAUGAAAUAACACUGUCCAAAGAUGAUUGCGAAACAUCAGAGUGUGUGAAAGGGUGCUUCUGCAAAAAAGAAUUAGUGAGAAGUGGCGAUAAAUGUGUUUCAAUUGCUGAGUGUUUGUUUGUUCAAAAUCGAUCGGACAGAGCGUUAAAGAAUUCAACAUUCGGUGAAACCAUUAAAAGUUUCUCGGUGUGGAAACGUAAACCAGCACAACCAUGUGCUGGUGCUGGAUGUACACCCUCAAAAGGUCCGACAACUGUUCAUAUUCAUAAUCACAAUCACAUCAAAGUUGUUGACGAUGAUUGUCAAGGUAACCAUUGCAAUGAAUUUGGAGAUGGAACCAGUGAAGAUGGAAAUAAAACGGUUACAAUUCGAUGGGGUAGCGCCGAGUUUAAUAUCCCCCCAAAUAUCGUCUAUAAUAUAACGAUUCCUGGCAUUGGAUUGUUUACUGUUAGCACAAAUGGCACAAACAGCACGACAACAGUUCAACAAACAAUUAAUGUUUCAAAUAACUCACCCAACUCCGAUACCACCACAACCUCCAAAACCCCCACCACAACCUCCACAUCCAUCACAACUACUCCGAGUACAUCUGGAACCCCCACCACAACCUCCACAUACACCACAACUACUCCGAGUACAUCUGGCUCUUCCACAACGCAAAGUACCGAGUCUACUUCCUCCUCAGCGCAAAAUACCACAUCGACCUCCACAUCAACGCAAAGUAUCACAUCUACCUCCUUAUCAACGCAAAGUACCACAUCUACCUCCUUAUCAACGCAAAGUACCACAUCUACCUCCUCAUCAACGCAAAGUACCACAUCUACCUCCUUAUCAACGCAAAGUACCACAUCUACCACAUCUACCUCCUCCACAACUUUGCAAAAUGCCGGACCUUUCGUUGAUUUGACUGCAACCAGUAGUUCAACAACUACCACACCCGCAUCAACUGGCCCCGAUUUGACAGUUGAUCAAACGGAUGCGCCAGAUACUAUGGAGACCACAAUUACAAUCGACGUGGAUCUUACUGGUGAUACGACCAGUAGCAAGCCUGAAUCGACCAGUGGCAAGCCUGAAUCGACCAGUAGCAAGCCUGAAUCGACCAGUAGCAAGCCUGAAUCGACCAGUAGCAAACCUGAAUCGACCAGCAUAAUUACGUUAGAGUUCCCACUUACUGAUCCGGUGGAUAAAAAUAGUUCAAAUGAUGAUGCUAAUAAAGGUGGUGAUGAUCUUAGCUUCACUAUAGAUGGACAGAAAAAAAUUGCGAUCAGCAACGCAACAGAAUCAAGAACCACCACAACAGCAGCACCGAUAAAAAUUCCAACGAAAUCGAAACGCCCAUCAAAGUUAAGGCCGACUAGGAAAUCUACAUCAAAAAACGAGAAUAAAUUUCGGUCAGCUCCAAUUGCUUCAUUUAGUCAUUUAAAUCGUGAUAAACCUGAACCUGCGAGCACGGUUUAA